GGGAGACACCUUUGAUAGAAAAUAAAAGUAUAGCAUAUGGAAAAAACACCAGGAAAAUUACAAAACCAGUGUAAGACUUGGAAUAAUGUAGAGCAAUAUUGUAGCAAAAUGUGGAAUAUGAAAAAUUUUCUCAAGAAAGGAUGUUCUUUAAUGUUUGAUCUUCGUAUACAUGCAACCUAAUCAACAAGAAGAAAGAUCUAGUCUGUGAAACAGACAGCAGCCCACAAGCUCUAAGUGAUGUCCAGGGGUUAAAAAGACAAAUCACUGGUUGGUAGAAUUGUCUUGUUAAGCUUUAGGGCCUGACAGGUUUCAGUGAUCUCACACCUAGAGGGAGGUUAACAGAGUUGGGGAGAAGGAUUUACCACUGACAGCAGACACAAAAAAUGCAGAAUUUAUGGGCCACAAGGACAUUGGGCAGAAUCCCCAAGAUAAGGAAGACAUUAAGCAAGACACAACAGGAGAUCCCGACCACCGACUCACAGAUCAUUGACCCAAAAAUCCAUCAGCCCAAAAGAAGAGAAACACCACGGGACUGCUCAGCAUGAGAAGUGAGAGAAUCAUUAACCAAUACAAGAUAGAACACUAAUUAAUACAAGGAUUAUGUAACAUGUAGCCAGUGAACACUAAUUCCUGUUUGCUGAAAUGUACAAAUAGUAAAAAAAGAAUUAUAAUUGUUGUGCUUGAUUUGUGGAAUUCCACUGGGCACCCAGGCUUGCAGAACUCUGAAAUAAAAUGAUCAAUGUCUCUCUCGCAUGUGUAAUUAUUGGCUUAUGUUGUAAUUAUUGUUGCACACUGGGAAACAAAACCGAUUUUUGUGGACAACCACAUCCUGCACUUAUAAAUUAAGUCAUUAUCUCAGAACCCCUGGUCAGAAGGAUGUAUUUGAUGGGAUGUAUUUGAACCUGUCAAGUUGACUAGAAAGCAUCAUGCAAAGGACACGAGUGGUAGAAACUAACUGCAUAUUUUAUUAGCUAAUAAAGGCUUUCUAAACUAAUGGUCUGUACCAGAAGCAGCAGGACGUUAUUUGUGUUCAUCAUAAGAUGUAUCUGGUAGCCCUUUUUUUGGAAGAAAAAAAAAAAGGAAAAAAAAAAAAGAAAAGAAAAAAAGAAAAGAAAAAAAGAAAAAAAAAAGGUGGGGGAAGGAUGGCACUUUAGGGAUUCCCAUUUUCCAGUCCCACCUCUGAGACACGAGGAGGCCUGGCAGGGCGCUCGGGAGUGCCACACCGCGGCUCGUGUUUCUGCUGCGCAGCGCUGAGCGGGGCGCGGCGGGCUCGGCGCGGCGCUCAGGGAGCAGCGGCGGCGCCGCGGGGCGGGGCCGCUCCGCUCUAAGAUGGCGGCGCGGGCCCCACGUGGUGCGCGCUGAGGCGGGCGCGGGGCGGGCGCUGGCGACAUGGCGGCGGCGGGCAGCGAGGGCGGGAGGAGCGACGGAGCGGAGGAGGACGAGGUGGAGGUUGGUGGGUGACGACACCGGGGCGCUCCCCAGCUCCGGGGGAAGGGUCCGGCCCCCCGCGGGGCGUGGCCCGGCCCCGCUCCGCCCGGCCGGCGGGGCAGGCAGGGAGAGGGGCCGGUCACGGACGGAGCGCGUUUCCCUGGGGCCGGCGCGUUUGUCAAUCCUCACAGCGGUCCCGUCCCCAGAGCUGUGUGGUUCUGGCUCGGGCUUCCCGGGAAACGGCGUGGAGCAACUGGUCAUGGUCGAGCUAUCAGGAAUUAUUGAUUCAGACUUCUUAGAAAAAUGUGAAAACAAGUGCAAGAUUUUGGGAAUAGAGACAGAGAGGCCCAUUUUACAAGUGGACAGAUAUGUGUUUGCAGGAGAAUAUGAAGAUACCUUGGGAACCUGUGUGGUUUUUGAAGAAAACACAGAGCAAGUAGAUGCAGAAGGCAACCAAAAAGUUCAGCUGAAAUACAAGUGCCACACAGUGAAGAAGUUGAACAUGACACGGACCCUUCUGACAGAAAAGAAGGAAGGUGAAGAGAAUGUUGGUGGAGUAGAGUGGUUGCAGAUCAAGGACAGAGAUUUUUCCUACAGCAGGCCUAAUAUGAUUUGCAGUUUUCUGCCUGAAAAGGAUGAUUCUGAGGAGUCAGCUCAGGCCCAAGAUAAAUUGACUGAAGAGUCAGAGGGAGAGGUGAGUGGCAAAGGAAAUUCUAACAUGAACUGUGACCUGGAAAAGCAGCACACCUUGGAAACAGAUGUCCCUAUUCCUCUGCCUGGCAGCUCUGCUUCUGGGGCAGAGGAAUCUCCUUCUGGAAAUGCUGCCUUAGAGGAUGUACCUCCAUGAUACUAACUCUGAUCUUUUCAGGAUUUCUUCACAGAAUUAAUGGGCCAACUUUUAUAGGCCAUGGCAUGGUUUCCACCUUAUCUGAAAAAAUGAAUAGUGGAAAAGCAGACAUUAUGUUCCUGUACAUUGCUUUUGUUGUUUGAAUUAUAGUGGCAAGGGCUUAAGUGUUUUUUAAAAUUAUUGACUGGAAAUGUAUGUAUCCCUACCUCAAAACUGAACAAGUGGAAAUGGUUACAUAGUUAAAAGAAAGUCCUACCUUAGAAAAGUGUUGAUGUAUUGUACAGUCUGAAACAUUUUGUAAAAAGAAAGAAACACCGUUGUUUAAAAUAAAGUCCUGAAUUU